AUGGUCAAAUACUCAACUGGACUCGACUCGACUAUGUAUGUACUUUUAUAUGGGAAUCAAAGGAAGAAGAUUGAGUUCUUGAAAGUCAGAGGCUUCCGAAAGAGGGAUGAUCGGUUGAGGUUAAGCCAUUCGUCGUCUGUUUUCCCUCCAUUUUCAGAUUCUGAUUUAGAGGGGCUGGGUCCUAAGAAAGGGUCGAUUGCAGCACUUAAUGAACUAGUUGAAAUAGACGGGGAAGUGUGGGGUAAAGGAGUCGUGUUAACAUGGGAUGAAGAUAAGAUGCAGGCUACUGAAAGUGCUUUUGUAAAUUUGAAAGCAAGGAUCAGGGAAUACCCACCUCCUCAAAAACGACAACCUUCUACUAGGUAG